AUGGACUAUAUCACACAAUUCACCAGCGACGCACGCUACGUUAAGGUAGCAGAUAACAUUGUCGCAGACAUCCUCUCCCGCAUGGAUAUGGUUUCUGUUGUACCUGACACCAGAAUUGAUUGGCAAGCUAUGGCUAAGGCACAGGAACUUGAACGCAAUCAAAGGUUCAGUCAUUUGCACAUAGACAUUGUCGGACCUCUGCCACCCUCCAAAGAAAAUCGAUAUCUAUACAUGGUCAUAUAUUGUUUCACGCAGUUGCCAGAAGCUAUACCCAUUCGAGACAUACAGGCAGAGACCGUCACCAAAGCCUUCGUUUUACACUAG